AGUAAAGAGGUUGGGUGUAGAGUGGAGCCGCCGCACCCGGGUGGUGGGCGCUCAGGUCCCAGCCCAGGGCCCGGGAGGUGCUGUCGUAGCACACAGGUGAAACUAUGUAGCCUCUUAAGAAGCUCACUGGGACCCCUCUGAAGUCCAUAUGGCUCUGUAUGAUGAAGACCUCCUGAAAAACCCUUUCUACCUGGCCCUCCAGAAGUGGCGCCCCGACUUGUGCAGCAAGGUGGCCCAGAUCCAUGGCACCGUCUUAGUGCCCUGCCGAGGAAGCCUGCCGAGUAGUGUACAGGCCUGCUGCCAGUUCGAGUCCUACGUCUUGGUACCCACGGAAGGACGCUUUCAGACGUUGGAUGGAAAGGAUGUCCUCAUUGAAGGAAACAGGAUUAAGCUAGGGGCUGGUUUCGCUUGCCUUCUCUCUGUGCCCAUCCUCUUCGAAGAGACUUUCUACAACGAAAAUGAAGAGAGUUUCAGCGUUCUCUGCAUUGCGCAUCCUCUGGAGAAGAGAGAGACUUCAGAAGAGCCUUCAGCACCUUCUUCAGAUCCUUUUUCCCUGAAAACCAUUGAAGAUGUGAGAGAAUUUUUGGGAAGACACUCGGAGAGAUUUGACAAGAACAUCGCGUCUUUCCACCGGACAUUCCGGGAAUGUGAACGAAAGAGCCUCCGCCAGCACAUAGACUCUGUCAACGCCCUCUACACCAAAUGCCUCCAGCAGCUCCUCCGGGACUCUCACUUGAAGGUUCUUGCCAAGCAGGAGGCCCAGAUGAACCUGAUGAAGCAGGCGGUGGAGAUGUAUGUCCAUCAUGACAUUUACGACCUCAUCUUUAAGUACGUGGGGACCAUGGAGGCGAGCGAGGAUGCUGCCUUUAACAAGAUCACCAGAAGCCUUCAAGAUCUCCAGCAGAAGGACAUUGGCGUGAAACCUGAGUUCAGCUUCAACAUCCCUCGUGCAAAGAGAGAGCUGGGGCAGCUGAACAAGUGUACGUCCCCGCAGCAGAAGCUGCUGUGUCUGCGGAAGGUGAUGCAGCUCACGACGCAGUCCCCCAGCCCGAGAGUGAAUUUGGAGACCGUGUGUGCUGAUGAUCUUCUCUCUGUGCUGCUAUAUCUGCUGGUGAAGACAGAGAUCCCUAACUGGAUGGCAAAUUUGAGUUACAUCAAAAACUUUAGAUUUAGCAGCUCGGCCAAAGAUGAGCUGGGAUACUGCCUGACCUCAGUUGAGGCUGCGAUCGAGUACAUCCGGCAAGGAAGUCUCUCUGCGAAGCCGCCUGACGCCGAGGGAUGUGGCGACAGACUGUUUCUCAAGCAGAGGAUGAACUUACUGUCCCAGAUGACAUCAACGCCCAUCGACUGCCUGUUUAAGCACAUUGCAUCCGGUAACCAGAAGGAAGUGGAAAGGCUGCUGAGCCAGGACGACCAGGACAAAGAUGCCCUGCAGAAGAUGUGCCACCCACUCUGCUCCUGCGAGGACUGUGAGAAGCUCGUCUCUGGGAGGCUGAACGAUCCUUCAAUUGUCACGCCUUUCUCCAGAGAUGACAGGGGUCAGACACCGCUCCAUGUCGCUGCCCUCUGUGGUCAGGCGAGCCUCAUUGACUUCCUGGUCUCCAGAGGUGCCGUAGUGAACGCCAUGGACUAUCAUGGGUCCACUCCCCUCCAUCUGGCAUGUCAGAAAGGUUUCCAGAGCGUGACGCUGCUGCUGCUGCACUACAAGGCCAGCACCGAGGUGCAGGACAACAAUGGCAACACCCCGCUGCACCUGGCCUGCACCUACGGGCACGAGGAUUGUGUGAAGGCUCUGGUCUACUAUGAUGUCCAGGCCUGCAGACUGGACAUUGGGAACGAGAAAGGAGACACAGCCCUGCACAUCGCUGCACGCUGGGGUUACGAGGGCGUCAUAGAGACGCUGCUGCAGAAUGGAGCCCCCACAGCCAUCCAGAACAGGCUGAAAGAAACGCCGCUCAAGUGUGCGCUGAACUCCAAGAUUCUGUCCAUCAUGGAAGCUCAUCACCCGUCACCUGAAAGGAGCCUGAGGCCUUCUGAGGUUCCUGCACGGUCCCCUGCACGCUCUGUGGAUUCCGUCAGCCAGGGCUCCUCCACCUCCAGCUUUUCUUCCAUCUCAGCGAGCUUCAGGCAAGAAGAGGUCAGAAAGGACGACCGGGAGGUAGAAAAGCUUCUAAGAGCAGUUGCUGAUGGAGAUCUAGAGAUGGUGCGCUACCUUUUGGAGUGGACGGAGGAUGACCUAGAUGAUAUGGACGAGGCCAUCAGCACGGUGGAUCAUGAGUUCUGCCACCCCUUGUGCCAAUGCCCCAAGUGUGCUCCAGCCCAGAAGAAACUGGCAAGGGUUCCUGCCAGCGGGCUUGGUGUGAAUGUGACCAACCAGGAUGGCUUCUCCCCUCUGCAUAUGGCUGCCUUGCAUGGCCGGACAGAGCUCGUGCCCCUUCUGCUGAAGCACGGUGCCUACUCGGGGGCCAGAAACUCCAGCCGAGCUGUCCCACUCCACCUGGCCUGCCAGCAGGGGCACUUUCAGGUGGUGAAAUGUCUCCUAGAUUCCAAUGCAAAACCGAAUAAAAAGGACCUUGGUGGGAACACGCCCCUCAUUUAUGCUUGCUCCAGAGGCCACCAUGAAGUCGCUGCACUGUUGCUACAGCAUGGGGCCUCCAUCAAUGCUUCCAACAACAAAGGCAACACAGCCCUGCACGAGGCCGUGACGGGAAGGCACGUCUUGGUGGUGGAGCUGCUGCUGUUUCAUGGAGCAUCUGUUGACAUCCUGAACAAGAGGCAGUACACGGCUGCGGACUGCGCGGACCAGGAUUCAAAAAUAAUGGAGUUGCUGCAGGUAGUGCCACGUUGUGUUGCAUCCUCGAACCAUGUCGAGGAGACCGACGACAAGGAUUAUGUGACUGUUACGAUCAGGAAAAAAUGGAACCCCAAAAUGUACAACCUACCAGACGAACCUUUUAGGAGACAGUUCUGCCUCGUUAACCCAGGGGGCCGGUUCCAGGAAAGGACUUCAAGGGAGACUCUGGGAAGGGAUAGAAGUGUGCCUGAUCUUACCGCAGGGUCUCUGCAGGAGGUGAGUGCUUACACGGUAGAGGCUUACGGUUUGGCUGUUUCUCCUCUCAAGUCAUCUUCAUCUUACUAUCUCCUUCACUGACUUAGCAAAAAGUUAAAACCUCAGCUCUACAGUGGGGCAGACAAGAGUGUGGAGUUCUGAAUAAAUUUAAAAUUACAGCUCUGGACAAGCAUGGUGGCACAUGCCUUUAAUCCUGGCACCCAGGAGACAGAGGUCGGAGGAUCACUGAGUUCAAGGCUAGCCAGAGCUACACAGUGAGACCCUGUUUCCAAAAAGAAAUGUAAAAUUGCAGUUCUGCGCUGAGAGAGUCCGGGAGAGGUGGAAAGUCAUGGUGUACAUGGAAAGCUGCAAUUCGGUGUUUACAGAAAGCAGAGUAGCCCAGUUUUACUGCUUUACAAUAUUUGAAGUAAGGACAGUGUAUGUAGAUAUCAUGUUAUGAUCCCCCCCCACACAUACAUAAAGUUCUUUAUGUACCCAACUUCCUUCUGAACCAGUUA